AUGGCCAACCCAAGAGAGAAAUGUAAGGCCAUCACACUAAGAAGUGGAAGAGUUGUAGAAGAAGCAACCCCAGGCCAAAGCAACCAAGAAGAAGAAGCUGCAAGGGAACCUGAAACCAAGAAAGAAGAAGAGACCUCUGCACCAUCCUCACCAAAGCAAGUCCUAAAGCCUUAUGUGCCCAAGGCACCCUAUCCACAAAGACUGAAGAAGGAUGGAAAAGACAAAGCUCCCCCAAAAACUGAAAGACCCUGGGAGCUUCCAAAUCCCUGUAUCAUUGGGGAUAUAAACAUUGAGAAGGCACUAUGUGAUCUAGAAGCCAGCAUCAACCUCAUGUCAUUGGCUAUGAUGAAGAGGAUGAGAAUAGAAGAGGCCAAGCCAACAAGAAUGGCACUUCAAUUGGCUGACAGAACAUUUAAAUUUCUCCAUGGUGUAGUGGAGGAUUUGUUGGUGAAAGUGGGAGAGUUCAUCUUUCCAGCUGAUUUUGUUGUGCUUGAUAUGGAAGAAGAGGCUAACACAUCAAUCAUUCUAGGAAGACUAUUCUUAGCUACUGCUGGGGCCAUAAUUGAUGUUUAA